UAGCGUGGAAUACUGUCAGUGUCACUGAGUACGCCGCCGCGAACGCACGCCCUGUGCCGCGAUAAAUUGUACCGCCACGUGUUUCUGUGAGUAAAUAAUCAGUGGCCACCAAUUACAAACAAUUGGUAUGGACUGUGUUUGUGAACAAGUGUCCAGGAACUAGUGACACGAUUGGAUUGCACCUAAGGAUUAGGACGAACGGUAACAAUCGAGUCGCUUUGUUUAUUUACCAAUUGAGGAAACGUAGGAUCAUCAAGAUCUUACUACGAAUUUUCUCGUAGCAGCAAACGCAACAAACAGUAUUCAGUAUAUCAGUGACGUGAUUCUAUCAGUAUUAAUGGACAAAUUGUGAUUCUCAAAAUGUGUUUGCAAAGGAACAGUGGACGGUAAAAGUGAUAAUGACAGUGAGGUGACGAGAAAUCCAGCCGGUUGGCUGCGGUUGUGAAACUUAAAAACAUUCCCCUAUUAAAAAUUUUAUCCAAGGGCCCGGAGGAUAUUAGCAAGGAUAACUGCAAAAUGACCAAGGGCCCUCGGAAAGUGAAGCUAGUCAUUGUAGUCAACAAUAAGAAAGACCCGCCUACGUUCAAGACAUUGACGCCGACAUCUCGCACGCAGCUGAAGCAACAGUUAAUGCGCGAACAUGCUCAGGAGCAACUGCGCAGAGAGUCACUACAAGCACAACAAGCAGGCCAGUCCAAGGACAAUGAGGAGAAGAAGAAGUCAAGUCCGGCGGAGGUGCCGCGGAUCACGCCUCACGUUGAACUACCGCCACAAGUAUUACAGGUGCGAACAGUUCUGGAGAACCCCACCAGGUAUCACGUGAUACAGAAGCAGAAGAGUCAAGUGCGCCAGUACCUCAGUGAAUCAUUUCAACCACAGACACAGGUGUCACCCAGAUCAGCGCCGGAGCUGGGCACGCGACGCGCGUCGAGUCCUGAACGACCGUGCUCCAGCUUGCGUGAUGCCGGCGCCUCCGCUAGUAAUAACUCAGAGGCUGACGAGUUCCUAGAAGACAUCCUAUCGCUGGACAGCGGCGCGGGCCCGCUGUCGUCAUCAGGCCCUCCGUCCGCAGCCAGCUCGGUGGCCGGGGACUGCGCCCUGCUCACCGAGAGCGACAUGCAUGCGCUCGCUAAGGAUCGGCAGAAGAAAGAUAAUCAUAAUAUGAUCGAAAGACGUCGCCGCUUCAACAUAAACGAUCGAAUAAAGGAGCUAGGCACACUUCUGCCGAAGACCAACGAUCCGUUCUACGAGGUCAUCCGAGAUGUUCGUCCCAACAAGGGGACCAUACUCAAGAGCAGUGUGGACUAUAUCAAGUGUUUGCGGGACGAGGUGAACAGGCUCAAACACAGCGAACAGAGGAGAAAGCAGAUGGAAAUACAUAAUAGGAAGCUUAUGUUGCGGAUACAGGAACUCGAGCGUCUCGCUCGAGUGCACGGGUUACCCGUGUCAGGCGGCGCGGGCUGGGCGUCGCCGCACACGGACGACUCGGGCGUGGAGUGCGCCGAGCCGCCCGAGCCCGCGCCGCCGCCGCAGCCCACGCCGCAACCCGCUGCGGCGUCUGCGCCCGAAACUCCUGCACCUGUGCCUGAGCUGAUCCUGCCGAAGUCGGAGCCGGCGUCACUGAUGGAGUUCGGCGAGUCCGGGCCGGACCUGCUGCGCGGCGUGCCGGACUGCCUGUCGGCGCUGGACGCGCUCGGUACUGUGUGCCCCGCUAGCGAUGGGCUGAAACUCGGUUCGUGUUCCCCGCUGAGUCGAGACGAGGGUCUGUCUCUGGGCUGUCUGGAGCCAGACCUGUGUCUGGAACCAGUGCCCGACCAUCUGUUCAACCAUAAAGACAUUAAGAUGCGCCUGUCUCCGACGCCCGCGCUGCUGAGCAGCGAGGAGAGCGAGGCGGUGCUCAACCUCGCGCAGAUCGAGGACCUCAUGGACGACGACUCGCACAACCCCGUCACGCAAGGUGAUCCAAUGCUGUGCUCGUCGCCGACAUCGCAGCUGUGCCUCAGCAACGUGGUGGCCGAGGCAGCCGACAGGAACAUCAGCUCCAUGCUGCACGAUGAUGCAGCCAACUAUCAUACCAGCGGCACAUCAAUGCUUCUAUCAGAAGGCGGGCUGGGCCUAGGCGGUGGCUUAGGCUUGGGCGGCCUCGGCGAAGGCCUGCCACUACUCCUAGGCCCUCACCACCGCCCCCACUCGCCGCACUCGCAUCCCCGGCAGCACUGCUUCGAUAUGGACCUCGGCGCGUAGAGAUAAAGGUCUUUUAGCAGUAAGUUUCUUUAGUGUCCGGUAUUGGAGAACAGCGCCAUCUAUCGGUGUGAUUGAGAAUUAGACACCAAGUUAGAUAGAACUUGGUUUUUGCAAUAGUUUCCAUAGCUAUAUAGAGAGACAGUCCAGUGCCAGGUCUGACAAAACUAGGUCUGUGUAAUAAUGUUUUCAUAACUGUAUGAAACACAGUUCUUGAAUACAAAUUCGGAUAGGUAAUACACGUCAAGUAACUAAUCGUUAUUAUAACCAUUUGAAUGUCAAAAAGAGUGCUUUCAAAUUCUGAUAAACCCAAAGACAUACUGGUAUUGCGAAAUAGUUCACUUUGACAACAAUAGAUGGCGCUGUACAUAAUAUAAAAACUCCAUUGAAAUAAAAUGGAGAGCUAAAGCAGUAGAAUUUCUUGGCUAAGAGUAUUGGUAGCUUUUUAAACAAAUCUAUAUUAUCAUGAAAACACAAUUUAGAGAUCUCUUCCAUAUGUUUGAAUGUAAAAGACGUGUAUGAGUGCCUUAUCGAAUAAGAUUCUCAUUAAGACAAGAACGAACUGACAUACAUAACGCGUGGUUCCGUACACAAUUUUUGUUCCUAUUCGCAUAUCCAUUUAGAAUUAAGACAUUUAAACAUGUACCAAUACAUAUAACACUGUAUCAAAGUGUUUUUUAUCAGCUUUUUUUAACGUACGGAACCCUAAUCGAUGUUUUCUAGUUACGAUGUGUUCAGUACCAGAGAUAAGUAGGAGAAUGAAUGCGGUGAACGAUUUUAUGGACUUCUAGUAAAAAGAAAUGUCUUUGACAAUGAUAUUAUAUGUAUGGAAUACUUUUUUAUGUAGACGUAAGAAUAAAGUGGCAAUUUUUACUUGACUUAUUGGUAUAAACUGACAUACAUGAUUUUAUAACAUAUAUUUUUUAAAGUACAUAAAUCGUCAUAUCAAAAUUGAAUUGACCGUGAAAUAACAGUACAUGAUUAUAUUAAAAGUCACUUUUUCUUAUGUCAAAUUUUAAAAUGGUUCUCAAAGAUUUUCAAAUAGAACCCUAUUUUUGGGGACUUUUUGAAACUGAACAAUCUACGUACAUUCAAGUACGUAUAUAAUCACACAGAUUGAGACAAACAGAAUCCCAGUUGAUUGAAAGCCAAAGAGUCCAUUUUGCAUUGCUAGAAGAUGGGUACAAAUCUUAAACUUGCAUACUGCUGGACUAAAAAGCCCUUUAUAUUAAAAUAAAUAUGCUAUCUACACAAAAAAUGUGUUAUUGACUAAGUAUUUAAAACAUUGGAAAGCCUAAGUAAACUAAAUUUUUUAACCUCUGGAAGCAAUAUUUCUACGAAAAAAUUAGGUACUCUUUACAUAAUGGGGUUCAAAAAGUCCAGCAGUAUAAAACUAUUGAAUAACAAACAAAGUUUUCUCCUUCACUAGUUAAGGUUAACUUUAGAACAAUGUGAUUGAGUAGUUACCGGCUCACUUAUAGUUAAUCCGUAAUGUUUUUAACGAGCGGCCAUAUUUUAUGUUGGCGUGAUCGAAUCCGCCAUAUUACUGGCUAAAAGUUUGAGAAACGAUGGCAUAGCAAAUUGUAAUCAUAUAUUGAAGUUUGUUAAUAUAUGUAAUGUAGCCUAAAUUGCAGCUGAUUUAUAUUUAAAUAGUGUAGUUUACGUUAUUUUUGUAGUUAUAUCUUCUAUUUGAUUAUGUUUUUUUAUUUACUUCCAAAUGGUUAUAUGAUUAAAGUCCAUUUUGCUUUGUAAAAUGUAUUCUUUAAUAUUUUUGUGGGAUAAAUUAUAAUUAUCAAUUUGUAUGAAUAGAAGAUGUAAUUACACAUAAUUAAUAAAUGUAAAUAUACAAAUAAAAUUCUUGAUUCUGUGUGUUGAGGCACAAGUGUUACAUAAUAAACAAGUAUUAUAUACUAUUGUAGAUAGAGGUGCUAUAUUUUUUGAUAAACAUUUAAAUGUUACGAAACUGGGAUAAUAUUAACUGAAGGACCAUACUUUUGUACAGAAUAAUUCAUUGUGAUACGAAAUAUAUUUUUAGAUGAUAUUUAUUUAGUUAUACAAACUAUAUUUUUUGUAUAUAAUAUUAUACUUAGCUGUUAUUACACGAAGUGCCUUGCUUUUUAGCCAAUUUAGUAGGAAAAGCUUGAUUUUUUUCUAAAAGAAAAUAAUGUAAAUAGAUUUUGUUGAAAAUCUAACACUAGUUAAGAGAAACACUAUGUAUUUGUUAAGUUUUAUGAUGAAUUUACGAUAUUUCAUUAUAUUAUGAUAUUUUUGAGACUAUUGAAUUGACCAAUCGAUGUAUUUAGUUGAACUUUUUAAAUAUUAUCGAUAUAGUCAGCUAUUGGUUGUUUUUUGACUAUAGAAACAAAAUUGAAGGGUUGCCAACACCAAACCCCUAUAUUUGUACACAUAUACAUGAAAUAACCCUUCUUGUCAGUCGGGUAACAAUUGAGCAAUAUGAAUUUAUAAAUAAUUAUGGCAAUUUAAAAGUUGUUAUAAAUAACGAACAAACGUAUUUCCUUAUGAUUUAAGAUAUAGAGAAGUUGCGAAUCAGUGAGCCUUAUCACUUAUUGUUAGUAAAAGUUAAAAGAUCGUUUUUGUUAAUAUUAUUAUGAUCGUGCGCAUGUUUCCGUAUGUAUUAUGUAUUUCGCUCGAAUUAGACAUGUUAGUUUAUAAAACUGGAUAUUUAUUGUAAUCGUUUUAUGAUUUAUUAUGUCUUGCGACAAACUUAUAUAAUUUUUAUUGUGUUUUGAACUUUUUCAUUAUAUAUUUUAGUUGACCUUAAGCUAUAUAUAUUUUAAUAUGUAUUUUUAAACCCGUAAUAAAAAUCUGUUAUUUUAAACACAAUUAAUGAAAUUCACAUCAAUUAUAUUAAUUGAUAAUCUACAAGAAAUCGAUUUUCUUGAGAUAAAAUAUACUGUAGAUUUGUUCUUUUGAGGCAUAUCGAGCGAAAACAAUCACAAAAGAUUAUGUUGUAUGAAUGUUAUUUAAUAUUGUAUGAGAUUAAAAAAUGUUGAAGUACAAAAAGUGAAUAACAAUGAAUUUACGAGUAA